AUGGAGCCGGCCGCGGGCAGCGAGCGCCGUAGCGCCCCGGGCCCCGCGGCCCCGGCGCCGCCCCGGGGCCACGCGCCUUCGGCCGCCCCCGGCCCGGGCCCGCAGAACCACCCAGCGCGCGAGCCGCCCAAGCCCGAGGAGGAGCGGCAGCUGCGCAUCAGCGAGAGCGGCCAGUUCAGCGACGGGCUGGAGGAUCGAGGCUUACUAGAAAGCAGCACUCGACUCAAACCUCACGAAGCCCAGAACUACCGAAAGAAGGCAUUGUGGGUCUCCUGGUUCUCCAUUAUUGUCACCCUGGCCCUGGCGGUGGCUGCCUUCACUGUCUCCGUUAUGAGGUACAGCGCCUCUGCUUUUGGGUUUGCAUUUGAUGCCAUCCUCGAUGUCCUGUCAUCGGCGAUUGUCCUGUGGCGUUACAGCAAUGCUGCCGCGGUGCACUCUGCGCAUAGGGAAUACAUAGCCUGUGUCAUCCUGGGGGUGAUAUUCCUUCUGUCCUCCAUAUGCAUAGUGGUCAAAGCCAUCCAUGACCUCUCAACUAGGCUGCUCCCAGAAGUGGAUGACUUCCUAUUCAGCGUCUCCAUUUUAAGUGGGAUCCUUUGCAGCAUCCUAGCUGUGCUGAAGUUUAUGCUGGGGAAGGUUCUGACCAGCAGAGCACUCAUAACGGACGGGUUUAACUCCCUCGUGGGUGGCGUGAUGGGCUUCUCCAUUCUUCUGAGCGCCGAGGUGUUCAAGCAUGAUGCGGCGGUCUGGUACCUGGAUGGCAGCAUAGGUGUGCUUAUCGGCCUCACCAUAUUUGCCUACGGGGUCAAACUCCUCAUCGACAUGGUGCCCAGGGUGAGGCAGACCCGCCACUACGAGAUGUUUGAGUGACCGCGGCCAGCGGGCCUGAGCGGGCUGCUCUGCAUCUGCAUGAAGACUGUCCAGACGACGAGGCUUCCGUGCAGGCAGAUGGUGCCAGUAUUUCACCGAACAUCCAGUUUCUCUUUAGGAAGGUUUGUGUUCCUGGGAACAAGGUCUGCACUGCUCCCCCUUGCUCCGCUGCCCCCGUCAGAUAUGUUAGGACAGCAGGCGCAGGGGUGAGGACGGGCUUCCCCUCCUCCAGUGAGAACUGACCUUUUCUAUUCCCCGGAGUAAGAAUGUUCUUGUGGGUAGGCUCCAGGCUCUCCUCGGCGGGAAGCUCCUCUGUGGUGCUCUCAGCCUGAAAUGGAUAGCACCUGACCAGACCC